AGUUUGUAGAUAGUUUUGCUGUCAACAGUCUCACGAGGUUUUGGAAAUUUCGGCAUAAUUUGUCGCAGGCCUACGUUGCUCUGCUCAGGGCUGUUCCCGAAGGCCAAGGUCUACAGGCUCCUGACGAAGUGCCCUCGCUGUCGACCUCUGAAUCCAUUCCAUUCCGUCAUGGCGGGUACUGGAAAGAUGGCAUCAUCCCUUCCGCUUGGACUGCUCCUACUCGUACAACUCCUUACCAUAUGGACUGUGCAUGGACAAGCAACAUGCCCUUCUGGACGAAGCUGUGUCUACCACUAUAAAUGUCCACAUAAUAAAGGAACUUUCACCGCCAUAACGAACAUGGCAGUGAACUUUUCAGCAGCCCAAGAUACUUGUAGAGAACGAUACAUGAUGUUGCCUAGCAUUUACCAUUAUAAAUGCUACCGAGAGUUUGUCCGUACACAACUUGACAACCAACCAGCCUGGGUGCACCGUGUCACCGGAGACAAGGCCCUAGCAACAGAUGGCGCACAAUACCAUCGGAAUCAUAAAUUUUCAGUCACGCUAUGUGUCCCGGCCAUAAUUCAAUGUGAUAUACCCUUUCAAAAGGUCAAUCUAUAUGCCUUUAAGACCCCUGGAGAGACCUUCAAGGAUGCCCUGGCAACGUGUGCAAAACAUAAAAUGAUAAUGCCCGGAAAUCUUGGUACUAAAUGCUACGGGGAGUUUACGGAGACCGCACUUGACAACGAACCAGCCUGGUUGAAUGUUCUGACAGGAGGCCUGGCAUUGGCAACAAAUGGUGUACAAUACAAUCGAAUUAACAUAAAGCUUAAGGUCACUUUUUGUGUCCCAGAACAGAACCGGUGUCCCGGCACAACUCAACGGUUGCAUACAUUCUGUGUGGGCAAAGAUCAACCUCCUGCAGGGUUUGAAUCUUGGGGAACCAGGUACAAUAACGUGUAUCUCGGUUGUCCGAUGGGUAUGACAAACGUAAACGGAUGGCCGAUUCCAAAUUGCGUUCCCGUACAAUGUCCUGAUCCGCAGCUUGAGAACGGUGUUGCUAAUACAGUAAUCAAAGGAGUGUACGUAGAGUUCAAGUGCGAUCCUGGAUACUACCUCAAGGGAGAACCAAGUUUAUUCUGCUUCAGACCAGGCACAUGGUCUAAUUAUGUACCAACAUGUGUCAGCAUUGAUUUUGUGGGGUACAGUUACUGUACUAACACGCAAAGUGUGCUUAGACAAACGAACACAACAAUCCCUCUUCAGACUGGCAGAGACCUGUGCCACGACAAGAAUGGCACGGUUCUACAGAUGAAUACGGUACUUUUUGGAUGCGCAGACCAAAUGAAUACGUGGGGCAGUUAUUGGAUCGACUAUACAGCAGCGACGAGGUUGAUAGUCCCAUAUACGUCUUAUUCAAAGUCUCGGUAUGGACAGAUCAGCAAAAAUUUUUAUGCCAUUGAAUAUCGUUCUCAAUAUAUCCUAUGUGAGCUGGCUUGUGACCGUUCUGAAUUUGACAACAUAGCCACAAUCUUACCUGCUGGGAGCGUGACCUGCCUUACAGGAUAUGUCUACAAUGCCGCUCAGCCAGUGUGCAUUAAUGGUACAGAGGUUGGAAGGUGCACCCUUGUAAAACCUGAUUACGUCUACUCCUCUCAGAGGCAGUCCAUCUUCUUGCAGAUCGGACAAUAUACAUAUUUAGAAGCCCGCAAGAAAUGCAACGAGGAGGGAGGCAAUAUGCCCACCGUAGAAUUGGCCAAAGGUGGAUACAUGCAUGGAAUGAUAAUAAAUGCGACAACCAACUUGUGGAUAGAUUAUGGCCCGGCCAGCACCAACCAGGCCCGUCUACUUCAUGGCCGAUUCUGGCCCAAGGUGGUAGUUUCAAUUGUGUAUUUGGAAACUCGCAAGAACCAUUACACCGCUGUGUGCGAAAUACCUUGUCGUCGCACUCGUGGGGACAACAUAGCUUCUCUCUCAGCAAGUGGUUAUGUGAUCUGCAAUCCUGGUUUUGAAUACAAGGGCAGCCAGCCUGUGUGCAAACCUACCUCAGGUGGUCAGCCUAGCAAAUCUAUCGGGACGUGCACAAGCAUCCCAGGCAAAUAGAGUACGGGCACUGAUUGAUCUGAUGGCAUACGUUGUGAUUAUUGGGACAGUUAGAAAAGCUAUUAGUCAGGUCAAACAUCCGGGAUCGUCCUCCUCGUUCCUUUUGGUGUUGCUUUUGUUUCAUUUCAUAAUCUUGCCAUUCAGAGGAAUAUUCUUUCCUAUUUUCGUUGUCUUUUUUUCUGCAUCCAUUUCAGCAUAUGCUUUGUGUUUUGGUUAUUGCCACUGCCAAGAAUAAAAUAACUUAUCCUGGUAUGUCCAUAGCCAUCUAGCGUGUCGCAUUCCAUAUGAUAUUGUG